GGUAGACGUCGGGACGACGCGGCGGCCCGGGGCUGGUGUCUCCCCCGGCUCGCGGGUCAGGUGCGCAAGGGAGCGUUAGCCCCGGGAGCUGAGGACGCCGCGGUGGCGGCGGCGCCUCAGACUCAUGAGGAGCCGGAAGCUUGCAGACGGGGUGCGCUCUUCAGCACGCCUAAGGAGCAAAAACUACCCAGCCACCAGAGCUGCCUCGGCCCAGGAAGUUGAUGUUUCCAAAUCUACAAAAACAGUGUGUUUGGCUUCAUCACACAAAGCAACUGAGAGACGUACUUCCAAGACACUCAAGUAUGAAAAAGAUGGUUUCAUCAAGUCAGAAUUACAAGAACUAACAACCAAAAAGGAAAAAACUUCUUUGCCAAAAACAUCUGAAACCUCCCAUGAGAAUGAGCCUUUGGAGUGUGCUGAGCACAAAGCAUUGCCUCCAAGUAAUGAAGCUAAUACUUCCAGAAUUUGUGAGCAGCAAAUAGAGAAGAAUGAGAAUGGUCUUUCUCAUCACAGUCACUCCAGAGACGUGGCUAACAGUUGCUUAACAAAGACUGAAAAUGACUUGGCCCUCCCCAAAUAUAAAGAAAAUCUGAUAGAGGAAGAUGUAUGUAAGCGUAGUGCCGUGCUGCUCGGGGAGGCCGGCUCAGAGGCAGCAGAUCCUGAGAGGACACCAUCCCACAUAGACAGUAGCAUCUUUUUAGACGAAGAUAGCAAUCAGCCAAUGCCAGUGAAUCGAUUCUUUGGAAAUGUCGAGCUCAUGCAAGACCUUCCGCCAGUUUCUCCACCUUGUCCUUCGAUGAGCAGACGGGAAUUCAGAAAAAUGCACUUCAGAGCCAAAGAUGAUGAUGACGAUGAUGCAGAGAUGUAGAUAUUUAAUAAAACAUUAUAAAAUUAGAUCUCUAUUUUUUAUACAUUAAGGACAGUUACCAGUGUCAUGCUAUUAUUACAAAUGAUUCUAGUUGCCACAUGUCAGUAUCGAUAGAAAAUCUAUCCCCAUGGGAACUUUCUAGCUUGAAAAGUAAGCUAGGGUAAUUUUGCUACUCCUGGUUGAUAAGUUUCUAAAGCCAAUGUGGAAACUCAUUGAGCCGAACUUGCAGAUUGUAAAGCUCCUGAUUUUUCUUUUGCGGGAUGAUUGGAAAGGAAAAUUUGCAUUGCUUUGUUCUUAAGUAUGGCAGCUCCAACUCCCUAAGACGACUAUACCUUCUAGCAAAGUGGGUAUGUUAUUUUUUAUAAUAAAUUAUGCUUUGAGUAAGCCCAGGUGGGGCUAAGAAAGGCUGGCACAUUUAUAAAUAUAAAAAUGGCAUUUAAAAUUUGUUUUUACAACAGAUAAACAAGUUUCUGUUCUGCCAGUCUGGGUUAUUCAGUGAUUCCUACAGGUGAUCUGAUAAAUUCACCUGAGUGAAUUUUGUACUCGUUUCCAUAUGCAUGUGAAACUAGUGGUUGCUAUAGACGUUUUAAGUUUGCAAAGGAAGUCUUUGACGCUAGAUUUUUUUUUUUACAAUUACAUUUUAAGAAGCUUUAAUUUUGUCCCUAAGUGGACAGUAUUAUUUCUUCCAGAAUUAUUUGACCCACUAAUGGAGAGAGAGAGAGAGCAAUUACUUGAGUAAAGAUCAAGUGCUUAAUUCUCAACUCCUAAGGGUUUGACUAGUGUUAAGGCUCCCACACCCAUGAAACAACCUGAAACAAGGUGAUUGGAAUAAAAGUAGAUCUCCACUUAAAAAGAAACAGCCCCAUUUACUUUUCAACAGGGAGGGGACUUUUUUUUAUCCAAUUAUCUUUGUGUAAGUUGUUACAAGUAAAAACAAAAAGUAAAUAAUGUUGAAUAUACUUUAAUUACUUCCCAAACUUCAUAUGUAGAGUAGUUAGGUAGCAAAUUAAAAUGAAGAGAAAUUUUUCAACUUCAUCUCAUACACAGUUCAAAUUAUUUGCCCUAGUUGACUUAUUUUUUCCCCCAGCAGCCAGUUUCAUUUCAAUAUGAUCAUUUUCCCAUUAGGAGAAGUGACCUUCACUUACUCCAAAUAAUUCUAUGAUUUAUUGGUCAGUGAACUACAAUACAUUUAAUAACUCGCACAUGUUGCUUAUAAUCCAUUCAUGUUAUGAUAGCUUGGGAGAAUAAUUUACAGUUUGAGAUUACUGCAUGAACUUGACUAUUAAUCAUAACACAUCUCACUGGUGGUAAUUGAGUUGCCGCAAAAUUUUAGAAUUUUGUGUUUGCUGUUAGUUUGUGUACUUUUUUAAAAAAUUAAAUCAGAAUGUUACCUACCAGUACUGCUCAUUGUUAUUGCUGUGU